CGCCCCCCUGCCAUUGGCGUGGCUGCGUUUGCCCGGUGGGGACCCGGGACACUCGCCCCUUGACCAGCGAUGGAGGCGGAGGCGGCGAUCUUCGUCUCGGUGGUCGCCUUCUCGUGGCUCGUGUUCGCCUGGGAGGCGCUGCUCUACCGCCGCCAGCGCCGUGUCCACCUCUCCACGCUCACGGUUCCACCGGAGUUGGUGGGCUCCUCGCUGACCCAGGAGACGCUGCUCAAGGCGCGGAGCUACCAGCUGGACAAGGGCGCCUUCGGCAGCGUCUCCAACCUCUACUCGCAGAUAGAGUCCACCUUGAUCCUGCUGCUGGGCGGAAUCCCCUAUCUGUGGAGCUUCACUGGAGACCUCGUACGGAGGCUGGGCUACUCGGCUGACUAUGAGGUGUCACGCUCGUGCCUCUUCCUGCUGCUGGCGUCGCUCUUCUCUGCCGCCACCUCGCUGCCCUGGUCCCUGUACGGCAACUUCGUGGUGGAGGAGCGCCACGGGUUCAACAAGCAGACUCUGGGGUUCUUCCUGAAGGAUCAGCUGAAGAAGCUGGUGGUGAUGCAGAUGAUCGUGCUGCCCAUAUCCUCGCUGCUUCUGCACAUCAUCCAGCGGGGCGGGCCGCUCUUCUUCCUCUAUGCCUGGGCCUUCACUCUGCUCGUCACACUCCUGCUGAUCACGGUCUACGCGGACUACAUCGCUCCGCUGUUCGACCGCUUCACACCCCUCCCAGACGGCCCCCUCCGCCGUGAAAUCGAGUCCAUGGCCGCGUCCAUCGCUUUCCCCCUCACCAAGAUCUACGUCGUAGAAGGUUCCAAGCGCUCGUCGCACAGCAACGCCUACUUCUACGGAUUCUACAAAAACAAGAGGAUCGUGCUGUUCGACACGCUGCUCGCAAAGGGGGUGGAGCCCCAGGGGGAGGGGGAGGAGCUACAGGGGGAGGAGCCAAAGGGGAAGGGGGAGGAGCCAAAGGGGGAGGAGCCACAGGGGAAGGGGGAGGAGUCACUGGGGAAGGAGCCGCAGGGGGAGGUGCCCCAGGGGAAGGGGGAGGAGCCACAGGGGAAGGGGGAGGAGCCUAAGGAGAAGAAAGAUGCCAAGCUCGGCUGCUCCAAUGAGGAGGUGCUGGCUGUCUUAGGCCAUGAACUUGGCCACUGGAAACUGGGUCACACCACCAAGAACCUCGUCAUCAGCCAGGUGAACUCCCUGCUGUGCUUCUCUCUGUUCGCCGCUCUGAUCGGCCGCCCCGAGCUCUUCGCCGCCUUCGGCUUCCACGACGAGCAGCCCACUUUGAUUGGCCUCAUCAUCAUCUUCCAGUUCGUCUUCUCUCCCUACAACGAGCUGCUGUCUGUGGUGCUGACGGUGCUGAGCCGACGUUUCGAGUUCGCCGCCGAUGCGUUCGCGGCCUCACUGGGGCGGGCGACGGCCCUCCGCUCGGCGCUCGUCAAGCUGAGCAGCGACAACCUGGGACUGCCCGUGGCCGACUGGCUCUACUCGGCUUGGCGAUACUCGCACCCACCGCUACUCGAGAGGCUGCGUGCGCUGGGGGACGCUCGCAAGGACGACUGAGGGUCCCCGCCCCGUACAGCACGCAUGCAGACACGCGCACGUACACGGACUCACACGCACGCUCACUCAGGCGGCCAGGUUCAGAGGAGCAGCGCACUCACCGCUACACCACCACUCCCCAAUACCAAUGCAACCGCCAAUCGCCACUAAGUGAUGGUGACGUCAGCACAGCACCUAUGCCAGGCUAGGUGCACUUUGAGGUCACGUGAAGUGUCAAAGGCUCGCUGACAGGAGGUCACGGGCCAGACCCAGUUGCUAUGGGUUGGCUGACCGAUAUGACUGGUAGAUGCACCAGCUGUACCCCAUACUGUGCUAACUUUCUGCAUUUUAGCCAUCUGGCGCUCCGCUUGUUGUUGUGAGCGUCGCUCCUCUGCCCUGUUUUUGGUGGGCGACUGCCUCCAACUGCUCAGUAGCGGCUUUCACGAGCCUCCUCCAUAGAGGCCGAUAUUGACACCCUUAUUACCAGUAUUCGGCAAGUCCACUCGGCUCCACAUUCUCCUGUACUGCAUCAGUCCAUCUCCUCUCCAGCCCUUGUGCCCAUUUAGCCCCCUCUAUGCGGCCAAACACGCACGUGUAUACACACGCACACACAAGACAAAGAUCCCCCGUGUAGCCAGAAUAGACUGUUGGGGCAAGUGCUGUUAGCGAGCAGCACCUAUGAAGGCCGGUACCACGCCCAGCCGCCUUUGUCUCCCCAGUGGUGAUGUUUUUACACACCGCAUCAGGUAUUGAUUUGUGGCUAAGUCGACCUAGGGAAAGCCCAGGACCGGUUCAGAUAAUCGUCAUUGAUGUUGGCCGUGAGCGGGAAUCAAACUCGGGUCGCCGGGUUUGUAGCACAGCGCACUAACCACUACACCACCGCUCCCCACCAAGACACCAAGACACACACAGCGUUCAAACUUGAAUCAAAUAAAAAUGUAAAGGAUUUGAA